AUGAGCUCUAUUGAGUACCACUAUCCCGUGAUCGGCCGCAAGGGCACUGGAGGCAUAUUUGAUCGCUUGCCUAUCCAGACGCUGGAGAAGGACCAUCCCUACCAAUUUGCAUUGUUCAUCCUUGCUUUCAAUGCGAUCCAGCAGCGUUCCGAUGCUCCCCAAGUUGUAGAAGAGCCUGCAGCCACCUUCAUGGAAAUUGCGUCAAUCCACGGCAGGCCCUAUGUUGAAUGGGCUGGUGACCGCAACAAGGAUAUUUCAGCUGACUAUAGCGCCAAUGAUAAGAAAGAUACCAAUCCCGUCCCUUCCAGAUUUGGAGGUAUGGCCAUUGCCUCCGCUGUUGUUCUCUAUAGCCUGACAAUAUUCCAUGGCGCUGUUGUGUUUCCCACCUGGCACCGCCCAUAUGUUAUGCUCAUUGAGCAAUCGAUCGGAAACAUCGCUGAAACAUUGGCCCAAGACAUUGAAGCUAAUAACCCGAAUGAACAUGGAGUAUGGAUCAAAGCUGCAAAGGAACUGCGUUUUCCAUACUGGGACUGGGCCGGUAAGGAUGUACCCGAGAAUGGCCUUCCUCCUGUUCUGUACGAAGAAAAAGUCGAAAUUAUGGCUGUUGGUGGUAAAAAACAAAUCGUCCAUAAUCCACUCUCAUAUUUCUCGUAUGUCGGUGGAGUCCCAUCCGACUUUAGCGAUGAGAAGGAUGACUCGGUAAUGUUACCUUUUCCUUUCCAGAUCACUGAACUUGCUCAAAUGUAG